AUAUGGCAGAAAUGGGUCUCAACAGGAAGAGAAGACAUCUAGGUGACACCUUGUUAUUCUACUUCUCCUCGGUUUGGCCUCAGAUCUCUUGUAAAAACCAUGGAUGAUAUUGAGCGGUUAAGAGCUGACCUGGAGGCACUGAAGGAACAAUGUGAUGAGGAAGAGAAACGCAAGGCAAGAACAACUUUAGAAAAAUUAGAUGCAGAUGAUCUACUAAAAGAGGCAGAAAAACGAAUAGAAAAAUUGGGGGAGAAGUUGUCUGAAACGAAGGAAACUCUGUCCGAAAAGAAGAACUUUUACAAUAAAGAGAUGCAAGAACUACAAAGUGAAAAGAAUGAACUAACGAGAAAUAUCGACGAACUUAAUUGUAAGGUGGAGGAAUACAGAAAGAUAUGUGGGAAGAUGAAAAAAGAUUUAAAAGUUGACAACAUGCUGCCCCACAAGAACAUAAACUACACAACGGAGGAAUCCGGACGGGAAAACCUUUCAGAUAUUUCUUACACCUGUCAGAUCGUGAUUCAGAGCCCCUACAUCCUAAAGGGUGGACAAGCUCUACUGACAUUUGAAGAUGAAAAAGUGGCCCAAGGUAUUAUCCAUAGAGGAAGACAUAGGGUUGGCUUCAACAACGGAUAUGAAGACGUGGGGGCACAUAAAGUAGAACUUGGAAGAACCGUGAAGUUUGAGGUCAACAUGACCAUCUCCAGCACAAAAGUGAAUGUUUUUAAUCUCCCUAUUGACCUUCCUGAAGACAUCCUAAAGGAUAAACUGGAGCUUGCCUUCUACAAAUCCAAUAUAGGAGGUGGAGAAAUCGAGUCUGUGGAAUACAACAGGAACAAUAAAUGUGCCUGCAUUACGUAUAAGGAAGAUGGAGUGGCUCAACGUGUUUUGAAGACAACCGAGCAAGUAUUCACAGUCGGACCCUCCCAGUAUGAAGUUACAAUAGCACCAGCAAUAGAAGAACAGCUCAACAAAUUACAGAUAUUUGCCGGUGUUUGCCUGAAAACAGUUCUGCUGGCGGAGAUUAGAAACCAGACGGACAGUGAAGAUGACAUUAAAGAUCUUGUCGAAAUCCAUUUUCAGAAAGAAAGUAAUGGCGGCGGUGAGGUGUUGUGCAGCGACUAUGCCUCACAGAGUAAGAUGGCGUACUUUGAGGAAGAUAUAGUUUAAAAUCAGAGACGGCAAGUGUAAAGGGGUUGUCCAGGAUUAGAAAAACAGAGCUGAUUUAUUCAAAAAACAGUGCCACGCUUGUCCUCAGGAUGUGUGUGGUAUUACAGCUCAGUUUCAGUGAAGUGAAUGGAGCCGAGCUGUAAUACCGCACACAACCUGAGGACAAGAGUAGUGCUGUUUUUGGACAAAAUUAGCUCCGUUUUUCUAUCCCUGUAUAACCUCGUUAUAAGGGUGCCAGAGAGU